AUGACAUCAAAUCCAGAAAAUAACAACAUGUUCCAGGUGCCUCCCAGCACUGACUCUUCUAUGGUAUCUUCUGGGCCUCCAUACCCUAAUAAUCAACCUAAAUCUCUGUACCCUACUAACCAAACUAUACCUCCAUAUAAUAACAACCAACCUAUACCUCCGUGCCCUAAUAACCAACCUGAAGUUCACCUGUAUCCUGGUUACCAAUACCAAAUGGCAUUACCAAAUGGGAAUGGACAUAUUGAACAAAAAGUCUUGAAUGAAGGCAAAGUCUUGGGGGCCAUACAGAUCCUGAUUGGAUUGUUGCAUAUCGGUUUUGGGAGCGUUCUAGUGACUUCAAUAUUUGAGGGACACAUUUCAAUCUCUUUUUGGGGAGGGUAUCCCUACUGGGGAGGAAUUUCAUUCAUCAUUUCUGGAACCUUUUCUGUGAUAGCCCAGAAGCCACCAAUUACUUCUUACAAAACAAAAAGAAGUUUGGAAGCAAAUAUUGUCAGUACCAUCUUCUCAGCUGUGGGUGUCAUCCUUCUAAUCACAGAGCUCAGUAUCAGUUCAGGAAAAUAUUAUUAUACUGAAUAUGGCUUCGCCUACUACAAUUCAGGUGUGGCCUCAGGAGUGGGGAUCUCAGCUGUGUUGCUCAUCUUUUCUGUCCUGGAGCUUGCCAUCAGCUCCAUGUGCUCUCAUGCUGGAUGCCAAGCCGUCUGCUGCCAGACCAACCAGGUGGCCUUAGCUGUGGCUGUACCUCUUCCUGGGACUCACAUGGUACCUCCAAUGGGCAUCCCUCAACCAGCAGUCAAUUCUUUAGUUUAUUCAAGUGAAGUCAACAGUCAACAAUAA